AUGCUUCGACAGAUGUCGACGACGCGCAUAUUCGCGACAGGCGCUGGUGCCCUUUUCCUUGUUUUCUUCAUCUUUCAAUACAUGACCCCACAUGCAUUUUCGUCGACCUGGUCGACCUCAGCGACGCGGAUAGGAGACCCGAGUUCCGUUUUCAACGCCACUCUCGGUUUUCAAAAGAUCUACGUGAUCGAUCUGCCCAAGCGAUUCGACCACCGAGAUGGCUUGUCCCUGGCAGCCUCGAUGACCGGAUUGCAACUGGAGUUCGUGGAUGGCGUAUCAGGGCUCGAAAAGAAUUACCUACCGGCAGACUAUGCGAAGACGGAUCUGGACGAUGGCGCUCUCUUCUGUUGGCGAGCGCACAUCAACGUCGCAAGAUUAAUGGUCGAGCAAAACAUUGCUUCGGCAUUGGUCCUUGAAGGCGACCAAGAUUGGGACAUCCGCAUCAAAGAGCAGAUGUACCUCUACUCCGAAGCAGCACGCCAAUACCUAUCACAACCAGAGGACAAACCCCGACGACAUUUGGAUUUCGCUCCGAACACGACACCAGGCGCAUCCGACGCCCCAUACGGCGCGAUUGAGGACUGGGACAUGCACUGGAUCGGGCACUGCGGCCAGGACUUUCCUCCAGAAGACUCAGAUAUCCCUUCCAGCCGUGUGGUCAUCCAGAACGAUGACACCGUGCCCGAAAGCCAGCACAUCGACUUUGGAUUCGGCCGCCACGAUCUGAUCGAGGAGUACGCCAACCACACCCGCGUGGUGUCUCACGCGAAAGGUGGCAUUUGCAUGGGCGCGUAUGCCCUUUCCCUGCCCGGCGCCCGCAACUGGCUCUGGAGACUCGGCAUUGAGAGCCUGUUCUCUGCAAUCGACGUCAUGGCCCAAGGCUUCUGCGACGGCUGGGGUGGCCGACCCAUCAACAAGUGCCUGACCGUUGUGCCAGCGCUGUUCUCGUCACACCGACCUGCGGGCAAUGCUUCGGCCCACAGCGAUAUUGGACACCAUCAGGGAUAUGUCGACAAGGCGUACACAAAGAACGUGCGCUAUAGCACCCGGCUCAAUCUGGGACAGCUGGUGGAAGGAAACACCGAUUAUGUUGAUUCAUAUAAAGACCAAACGCCUAUUUGA